AUGUGCCAAAACAACGGAAUUGCGAGUGUUGAUAAUAUUAAGGUGCAAAAACAAAACAAUGACAAAAAUGGAAGAGCCCCUGACACGGAGACUAGGACGCAGGUUGGUCACACAACAAUCAACUUGGUUCAACGGGCAGACCUCGAUCAAGAAGGCAGCGCUCAGUCAAUGCGGACCAACCUCAACGCGGCGACCGAAUACCGAACACUGUUAGACACUCUGGAGUUGGAACCGCACGGUCUAGUUCCCUCACUCAAAUGCAAUGAGAUUGGACUCGGACAUUAUGUUUUCUAUCCAGAUAACAUAACGCUGGGAGAUCUUUAUUACUUCAUAUUUGCACCAACCCUAUGCUACGAGCUGAACUUUCCUCGCACCUUGGUGAUUCGGAGGGUGUUCGUGCUUAAAAGGCUAUCCGAAGUGAUAUUCCUUACACAGCUAAUCUUUUGCCUGACACAACAAUGGGUACUGCUCACUUUGAAGAACAGCGUUGCGCCCAUUUCGGAGUCCAACCUUAGCCAAGUUGCUGAACGUUGUCUCAAGUUGGCAAUCCCGAAUCACCUCAUUUGGUUGCUAUUUUUUUACUCCUCAUUCCACUCAUUUCUCAAUUUGGUCGGUGAACUCAUGCGCUUUGGAGACCGAUUUUUCUAUAGCGACUGGUGGAAUGCGGAAUCAGUUCCGGCCUUCUGGUCAAAGUGGAACAUUCCCGUGCACCGGUUCGCUCGUCGCCACAUCUACUUACCGCUGAUCGAAUUCGGAUUGACUCGUCCACAGGCUGGCAUAGUGGUAUUCUUUAUCAGCGCGGUGUUGCACGAGUUUCUGAUCUCUGUGCCGCUCAAAAUGCCCCGCAUGUGGGCUUUUCUGUGCAUGUUUGGUCAAAUACCCUACGCAGCAUUAGUCAAUUGGUUGUUCCCAAAGGGCGGUCCUUGGGGCAACUUGGCCGUUUGGAUCACUUUGAUUAUCGGCCAACCAAUGGCUAUGCUUUUCUAUUUUCAUGAUUAUUAUUUGACACAUUACGUCAAUUGAUUGAUGGCUGGAAUGAAAUUUCUACUAUCUGCCUAAUGUCACCCGGGCUCCAUCAAAAACAUUUUCCCUUCCUGUGAUUUGCAAAUCAGUGGAUAGAUGUAACCUUGCUUUUUUAUUUUUUAUGCCGCAGGUACUCAGCGCUCUUUUUCAUAGCAAGCAAUUUGGAUUCUCAUAUAAUUUCUUUUAUUUCUAUUACACAGCAUUGCACCUUGCA